AUGGUGCUCUCUUUCAACGCAGAGACCCUGAAUGGGCUCUGCUCUGAGGAUCAGCUCGAGUUGCUAGACUCUGUGGACCAUUUGCGUCUUCAAGGAAUUGAUCACUACAUCUCACUGCCUCAGAUAAUUGUUUGCGGCGACCAAUCUUCCGGCAAGAGUUCUGUCUUGGAAGCCAUCUCGGGAGUUCCUUUUCCCAUCAAGAGCAAUCUUUGCACUUGUUUCCCCACAGAACUUGUUCUUCGACGCGCAGAAACUACUGGAGUUACUGUUUCUAUUGUCCCUGAGGGGUUCCCCGAUCUAGUUGAAAAGGCCAAAGUGGCCAUGGGGAUCUCGUCUUCGGGGAAGGCCUUUUCAACUGAUAGACUCCGGGUCGAGAUUACGGGCCCAGACCGCCCUCAUCUAACCAUUAUCGACAUGCCGGGUCUUAUCCAUUCAGGUACUACCCCUGAGAGCAUCGCUGAUGUCAAACUGGUCCGACAAGUCGUUGAAAACUACAUGAGACAACCGAGGAGCAUCAUCCUAGCGGUUGUGUCCGCUAAGAAUGACUUUGCGAAUCAAGUAAUAUUGAACUUGGCUCAGGAGGUUGAUAAGACAGGCAGCCGCACGAUUGGCGUUAUCACGAAACCCGACACUUUAGUACCUGGAUCGGGCAGCGAGUCUCUCUAUAUCUCACUCGCUAAGAAUGGCCAGGUUAACUUUGACCUCGGCUGGCACGUUCUUAAGAACCUUGACUCAGAAACGCAGAAGGGAUCCUCUCUCCUCAGCCAGCGCAACGCAGAAGAGGCGCGAUUCUUUUCUAAGGGCGUUUGGAAGGAUCUCUCGCCGUCGAUGUUAGGUAUCAACGAGCUCAGGAAGAAGCUCAGCAACAUUUUGUUGCGUCAAAUUGCUCUCGAGCUUCCGAGUCUGGUCAAAGAGAUUGAUGUCAAGCUGAAGAGUUCCCGCGAGCAGCUUGAGGAACUUGGAGAACCACGACGUACUCUCGACCAACAGCGACUACGACUUUUGCAGAUUAGCCAGGAUUUCCAGUCGAUCGUUGAACGUUCCAUUAGCGGAACGUACAAUGACAAAUUCCUCGACAACGCUGAUACAGUUCGAGGAUAUCGUCAACGCAUCCGCGCGGUAGUGCAGAACCUGAACCGUGAAUUUGCAAAAGAGCUCACUAUACGUGGUCAUAAGCGCGAGAUUGUGACAGGAACAUCUCAAGAUCGCCAUGGUCUAGAGCUUAUCACCAAGGAUAAGUUCCUUACACACAUCCAGACAGUUAUGGAAAGAACUCGGGGACGGGAACUUCCUGGAAUCUUCAGUCCCAUGGUUGUCUCUGACCUAUUCCACCAACAAUCCUCUCUAUGGGAAAAAAUCGCACAGGAUCACGUUGCGAAAUCUUGGGGCGCGGUAAAGUCAUUCAUCCAGGAAGUCGUCAUUUAUGUCGCGGACGCGAAAAUCGGAAAGUCUCUCCUCGACAAAGUGUGCGAGUCCGCCCUUGACGGCCUUCUUGCGCAAGCUAAAAUAAAGACUUCCGAGCUGCUGAAUUCGCACCGCCAAAUCCAUCCGAUUACUUACAACCAGGAGGAUGACUUCAGCCGAAUCUUGAUGGAAUUCUUUUCCGUGUCAUCUCUAGAAGAGUCGACGUAUCUGCAAUCACGACAUUACAAGCUCAACACACUCUUAGAUAGACUAAUCAAGAAAGAGCCCGAUGUUGAACGCCUUGCUGCAGCCGAGGCUCUUGAUCGCAUGAUUGCUUAUUACAAUAUUGCGUUGAAGCGAUUCACCGACAGCAUCGCCACCGAAGUUAUCGAGCAGAAACUGCUCGCAGCUCUUGAAAACAUCCUCUCUCCGGUAGCUGUCUUCAGCAUGUCUCCAGAUCUGGUAGAGCGCAUCGCUGGCGAGUCCCGAGAGAGUCGGGUGAUGCGAGAGGAGCUUAACAAGAAGAUCGAUGUCCUUCAGAAAGGAUCGGAUACAUGCAAGCGCUUUAUCGAUUCAAAGCUAAGCGGUAAGACUACAUUCCACUUCUAAGCUAUAAGGCAUAU